AUUCGACUGGCAAUCAAUGAUCUGUUAAAUGUUAUGACAAAAGACGUUAACAAUCAACGUAACAAAUGUCCAAUUUCAGUUUAACACGUGAGUCCAUGAUGCCUAGAAAUGCUCGUCAAUCACCUUGAGGUAGAACAUGACUUCUUGGCAUCAAGUAGAAAUAUUCUGCUUAACACUCGCCUUGUUGUAUUUAGAGGGAGCCAAAGCAGUGAAGAUUGAGGAUUACACGGAUGUCUGUUUGGAUGGACUGAAUCACAAAAGUAAACCUGGUCCUGAGUACAGAUUGAUUAAAAUGUGUGCUCCUUGGAAGAACCGAUCGUGUUGUACGAGAGCCACCAGUGAGAGUAUUCACCUGAGUGAUACGUGGCUCAACUUCAACUGGAACCACUGUGGCUGGUUGUCGGCUCGCUGCAGAGAACAGUUUAUCCGGGACUUGUGUUUCUACGAGUGUUCACCCAACCUCGGGCCCUGGCUCGUUAAAGUGAACAUGAAGAUUCGCAGUGAAACCCAGAGAAAUGUCCCACUGUGCCAGUCAGGGUGUACAAACUGGUGGAAUGACUGUAAAAAUGAUCUGACCUGCAAGGCGGACUGGUCCAGUGGAUUUAACUGGACAACUGGCAGUAACACAUGUCCUACCGGCAGCGAGUGCAAACCAUUUCAUGAGAUUUAUCCAGACGCAAAUGCCUUCUGUGAACAAGUCUGGGGUCAAGCAUGGAAAGUUGUGCCUGACAAUCAACCCUGUAUGUACACCUGGUUUGAUGGUGAUCGGGGCAAUCCCAACGACAAGGUUGCUCUUGAAAGAGCAAAACAUUUGAUCAGUGGAUCUGAACUUUCAAGGCUUUCAUAUAUGAUGCAGAUAAUACUAUUUUUGGUGGCCUUUAUUUCACUGUAGUUUUUAGCUCACAUCAGGCCCGUAGCAUGGUGGACAUUAUCGGGGGGUGGGGGGUGGGGCAAUUGAACGAGCGCCGAAGGCGUGAGUUAUUUGGGAGGUCCGGGGCAUGAUUCAAAGGUUAUUUGCCUGUUACUGUAACUCUCGCAGUUAAUCUCAAUCCGUUAGUCUCACUACAACUUUUACAUUCAGUCAGGUGAAAAAACCCACCCCAAAAUUAUUUUGGGGGGAGGGAGGGCGGCCUGGGCCUCCCUGGCCACCCAUCCUGCUACGGGCCUGCACAUGAUCCGAAGGCUUAAGUGACCUAUUGUGAUCUGUUUUCAUCCGUUGUUGUGUGUAAACGUUUUACAUUAUCGACUUCUUCUCCAAAACUACUUAACCAAUUCCAGCCAAAUUUUGUGCAAAGCUUCUAUGGCACAGGGUGAAACAAAUUUGUGAAUGUGGUUGUUCUGAGCCCCUCACCCCUCCCCCACCACUUCAAGGGCCCAAGGGCAGGGCCCAAAACCAGAAAAUUAAGCCAACUAAAAAAAGCUAGUUUUUUUAAAGUCGUACUUAAAUUUGUGACCUCAUCUUUGAAGUGACAAUCAUUCUACACAGAAGGAAGGAUGUAGCAUCCUGCAUAUCUGUGUUUUUUUUAGCAAUGAACCCUGAAUGUACACAUUGUUUGAUGCAGAUCAUGGUAAUCUCAAUGAUACGGUUGCUCUUGAAAGAGCAAAAAGUUUGCUCAAUGGAUCUGAACUUUCAAAACUUUCAUAUACAUGUAUGUAUGAUGUAGAUAUUAAUAUUGUUGGUGGCAUUUUUUCACUGCUGUUUUUAAAAUAAAGACUUGAUGGUUUUUUUUGGUUUUUUAAGUCAUACAUAAAUUUGUAACUCCAUCUUUGAAGUGGCAAUCAUUCUACAGAGUAGGAAGGAUGUAGUAUCUAGGAGUGUGUGUGUUUUAGCAAUGAACUCUGAACUUUCAAGACUUUCAUAUACAUGUAUGCAUGAUGUAGACAUUAAUAUUGUUGGUGGCAUUUUUUCACUGCUGGUUUUAAAAAUAAAGACUAAUAUAUUUUCUAAAA